AUGAAAAGAAAUUCUACAUCAUCCAGCUCAGAGAGACCUUCAAAAGGCGCAAAGCUAAAUGAAUGUACAGUAGCACCAACUCAAGAAGCGGAUUAUUCCAGCACAGUAAAUCAAGAAGGUGCCUCUUCUUCCUCAAGUAAACCAGGGCUUUUGAAAAAAGCACAACAAAAGGCUGAUAAGCAAAAUGCACUUUUAAAAUUCAAAACAGAGCAAAAGGCUCUAAAGGAAGUCAAAUGCCCCUCAUGUGGAUAA